ACAGCCCUGCSCCACCCUGAACCUCUUCCUCACAGCUCCACCAGACUAGCGGCAGCAGCAGGGGGCGUCGUCCACGACGGCUCACCGUAGCAAGCGCUCAUUGCUCGACUCACCCCACGUGACACAAGCCAACCAACCGCUGCAAAAUGCGAUGAGCGAAGCCUCCGCGAAGACAUGCUGUCCGUGAGAGUGAAUGUAUCAGUGACGGGCUCUUUGUGGACCGUGCCGUGUUGUCACCAGCUGGCGUUGUGGAGGACGGUGUGUGGAAAGCGGAGCAUCGCUGACCUGCGCCUCUCCGAGCGGAUGGUUCCACUCUGAGCGGCCGCGUGGAGCUCGGGGAGAGCAGGGAAGAGACAGAUGGGAGCACCCGGACCUCUCCCGGUUGCAUAACUGAGCUCACAUAUCACACAAAAACCAGUGAUAACGGACUGUUGCCCCCGGACAGGUCGGAGUUCAACCACUUUCUCCACCCGAUAAAUUCCAGCGACGUCGGCGCACGCCGCCAUGAACGUGGGCACGGCGCACAGCGAGGUGAACCCUAACACCCGCGUGAUGAACAGCAGGGGCAUCUGGCUGUCUUACAUCCUGGGCAUCGGCUUGCUUCACAUCAUCCUGCUCAGCAUCCCCUUCGUCAGCGUCCCGGUCGUCUGGACCCUCACCAACCUCAUCCACAAUCUGUGCAUGUACCUCCUGCUUCACACGGUCAAAGGGACUCCCUUCGAGACCCCGGAUCAGGGCAAGGCUCGCCUCCUGACCCACUGGGAGCAGAUGGACUACGGCGUGCAGUUCACCGCUUCGCGAAAGUUCCUCACAAUCACGCCCAUUGUCCUGUAUAUAUUAACCAGCUUCUACACAAAGUACGACAGAGUCCAUUUUGUGGUCAACACCGUGUCCUUGCUCACGGUGCUCAUUCCCAAACUGCCGCAGCUGCACGGCGUUCGGAUCUUUGGGAUUAACAAGUACUGACAGCACAGAAGAAGAAGAGAUGGAGGUUUACGGUCACCCGCCCUUGGACCGCUCAGAGCACACGGUGUAAUGGGCCUCUGAUGAGGACCUUAUUCUACUCAAGCGCUCCAUAAAGGAAACCUGCUGAGGACACCGCCACGGUUCCCAUUCAGCAAGACUCCAAGGAGAAAGCACAAGCAGACCGCGCCGUCUUUGCAACAAGCUGUGGUUCAUCCUAAAUGGUUUACAAACGCUUCAAGUCUUCUUUGAAGACGAAUUUCUGACAUUUCUGAAGACGAUGCACAAAACGAGUCUGUGCUGCUUCACUCCGCUGGCACUAAGAGGCAGUUUUUAAAGUUAAUUUUUGUCUAAUGAUACACUACUGUAUUUAUUCAGCCUCGCUCAAGGCUGCGGCUUCAGUUGAGAGCAACAAUUCUACACUGACGCGGUGAGGAACCGGCGAACUGCUGGAGAGGCGAGACACGAGAAACCACCAAGUUAUAUUUGGCUCCCCUCUGCUCUGCUCUGCUCUGCACUGCGCGGGGUCAAGACCGGGAAAUUGAGCAGCUCUUAUUUUUAUCUGGCCGUUUCCGUAUUUGGAAAAUUCUUGUCCUGGUUUGUCUUGUAUGCAAAGUCCUCUCGCACAGAAUGUGUGAGCCGUCUGGGACGGGCCAGCAGACCCACGGUCUCAGUUAAGAGAUAAGAUUUUAUUAAAAUACCAACAAGAGUACGUAUUUAAACGAUAGGGGUACUUGCUUCAGCUGGCUUCUGUUGGCAGAUCAGUCGAAUGUAAUCCAAUUACAAAAUGCCACAUGUUACUCAAGAUGUUUUUCUUUACUUCAAAGAUGCACAGAUUAAAAUUCCUCUUGAGUUAUGACAUUA